AAGAGAGGAGUGGCUGAACUCAUUUGCAAAAUGACUUGUUAAUGUGGGCGUGAUUGGCAUUUGUUUGUUUUGGCGCUCUCCCAUCAGAAUGACUGAACGUACAGAGUCUCUGCCAAAAAGGCAGAGGAAGUUGGAAAUCACUGAGAGUGACUCAGAUAAUGAGACAAAACGGCGCCGCCUGACACCAGUGGAGAAAGAAAACCAGAUCCCGGUGUCACCCCGACCAAAAUCUCCCAGCACAUCCCCACCACGCAUGCGACAAGCUGAACAGGAACGUAAGCCGGACACCCCUGCCUUUCCCUCCAUCCGCUCCCGGCUCCAGAUGUUAAGCCAAAAACUCACAGGCUCGGAGCAGAAUACUCCUCCCCCACCUGCUGCGGUCCUUGGCACUCCGCGCUCCCUAAACAAAUUUGUCCGUGAUGCCGAGCGGAAGCUCCAGACCUCAGAGAAGCCGAGCACCUCACAGGCUGCCCUCAUGCGCCAGCAACGGGAGGAGGAGAUGCGCAUAUUAAACAACAUCCAACCUGUUGCUGCCAGUGCCUGGCCGAAAGGUUCGAGCUCAGACCCAGGCCCAUCCAAGGCUGAUGCACGACCCCCUCCCAGACGUAGCAGAGUCAUCUGGCCUCCAUCCCAACACCAGGAUGACAAGCCAGGGGUAGACUUGUCGUUUGCCUCCUCUGAUGGCAACUUGAGUCUGGCUCCCAUCGAUCUCUCCCAGAUGGAAGUGCCUGCGUUCGGCGAGAUGUGCCCCAAUGCUAAACCCGCAGUGGUGACAAGCAGCACCCCUAGGGAGAUGAACACCUCAGCCUUGCUGGACGAGAUCUUCAAGGACGUGCUUGAGGCUGCUCAACUGGAGGAGAUGGAGGAGGAAAUGGAGGAGGGGGAGAUGGAGAAGGAGGUGGAGGAGGAAGAGGAGGAGAAGGAGGUGAGGAAGGAUUGUGCCAGCCCAACCGACAGGAUGGAGAUUAAGAAGGAAAGGAAAGCAGAGGAGGACAACCACAAACAGGAAGAGGGUGAAGGAAAGCAGGAGGAGGAGAAAGUGGAGGUUAAGGAUGAAGAGGGGGGUGACCCAGAGAGCCCCACAGAUGAAACUGAUGACGAGCUGCUCAAACUGCCCCCCAGCUGCAUUCUUUCUCCCCUCAGUGAGUCAGUGGACAAGGUGGUCACUCCCCUGCGUUUGGCAGCCGCCGCCUCUGUCUCCGACCGCUUGUCUUUCCAGCUCACGUCUGAAGGGCUGAAGACACCCACAGACACCCAGCCACUCUACAGCAUCGACGCGUAUCGCUACUUGAGCCGCAGUGAACAGAAGCCCAUGAAGAGUGUCACACCGUGGAGGCGGGCCCCAGAAAAGAUCCGACCCCAGACACAGCCAUCCUUCACCACCAAGGAGAAGAUUAAGGCCUACAAGGAGGAGGCUGCAAAGCUGCAGACAGUGAUCUCUCAGACACUGCAGGCACUGAACUGCUGUGUGGACGAACAACACGGCAAAGGAUCAGUGCAAGAGGCAGAGGCCGAGAGACUACUGCUCAUCUCGAGUGAGAAGCGUGAGGCGCUGCUGGCUGAGAUUGGCCGUCUGGAGGGGGAUCCUGAGGGGAGUGAGGAGGACCCCAGCGCCCCUCUGCAGCCUUGCAGGGGCUCCGUCUGCAUCAGCGAGGUGCACCUGCCCCUCAAGGUGGACUUCGUCUGCUCGGCCCGCAACGCUAGCCGACCCACUCACUUCUUCUUCAUGCUGUUCCGCUACGGCCCCACCAACGUCAUGGCAACGCGCCUCGCCACGGCCGCAGACGCAGAUGCUGACGGAGACACCAUCUCCUUCUCCACCCUCAUCACACUACACAACAUCCGCUCCACUUUCGAGAUUGAUGUGGAGGUCUACAGCAUGUCCGACACCCCAAACUCCUUCUGCGAGGACAGCCUCCAGGUUUACCGCAGACACACCAAACAAAGGGUCACCCCCAGGAAACUGCUCAGCACAUUGAAGAGAACCCACCAGCAAGCAGUUGCCGCUGUCAUGCCAAAUAACCUGUGUGCCAGUCGGCCCAGCAAGUUCUCUCUGGUGGGAUGCCACAAAAUCACACUGGCAUCAUUGGGUCAGAGCAAGUUUCCCCUGGACAAGAUGAAACUUGAAGGCAAAAUCAGGAAGCUGUUGGGGGAUGAGUUUCAGGAUAAGGUGCCGUUCCUGUCUCCUCUGGAGGGACAUAUUCGCCUACAAAUCCAGAGUGAAUUUCACUCUGAAGUUGAGCACCAUGGCUUCCUGACCAUGUUUAAGGACAUAAGGGGCCUGGGCUCCUGGCAUCGACUCUUCUUCGAGCUGAAGGACACCUGUCUGUUCUACUGGAACCAUCCCAAUGAGAGGGACAAUAAGCCUGCAGAGGGCAUUAUCUCCCUCUCCGACUUCAAGAGCCAGUCUGUGAGGCCAGUCAAGAUGGACUCCUGUGCCCGGCCCUUCACCUUUGAGCUGGUGAGCCGGGCGCAGCAGGAAGAGGACACAUCCUCACUAAACAAGCGCUGGUUUGCAGCUGACACCCAGGAGGAACGCACGGUGUGGAUGGAGCGGCUCAACCAGGCUCUGCUCGACCUGCACACUUGGACCCCAGCAGCGCCAAUCCAGGACCAGGGCCCGGCACCAGUGUCCAGUGACCGCAUCAGGGAGAGCACACUGUAGCCGCCACACACACACACAUGCAUACACACACACAGUCCUGUGGCAACACUAGGCAGACCGCGUGGUAGCCACAACACACACACACACACACACACACUGGCCUUUACUAUUGUGUAUCGAAGUAAUGGGGGACUUACAUCGUUGGGAAUGGGGAAACAUUAAAAAAUAAUCAUAAAUCAACACUAUGAAAAAGAACACUAGAAUAAUAUAUAUUUAUAUGAAGAAUAUUAAAAAGGGAAUGGAAAUGCAUGAAAUAUGCAAUAUAAUGUUUCAUCAUCUCCGUAUCGUAUGCACUUCAUGGAUAUUGUAGAAGUACAGUAUAGGAAGGAUUCGUACUACAGGGCCACCUAAUGGAGACAGUGAAGGUUUAUUCACUGAUUGGUAGCUUUUCGGCAAAUUCGGAGGCCUUGCGAUUCAUCCAGAUCGAUACUACCGUCAGUAGAACCCAGGAAUUCUGGGAAGAUGAAGUGACUUAAUAUUAUUAAUAAUCAAUAAGGCUGACACUAUGGCUUUCCUACCGUGUUGCAUUAUAAGUGGAGGAGGGGCAAGACUUGAUGAGUUUUAUAAAUCAUGCAGAUUCUAGUACUUUCCACUAUGUAAACUGGAAAAAGAAAAAUUAUAAAGACUUUGGGAAACUGACAUUAAGGAAAAACCAAACGUUUUCACAGUGCAAUUGCUUCAUAGGUAAAAUUAAGUCUGGUAUUAUGAUUUUUUUUUCUUUUUGCUUUCUUUAUCCUAUUUUUGUUAAGUAGUAUUUGCUGCUGUAGUGAUUGUAGAUUACACCCUUGGGGUGUACUGAACUGGACUUGGACUAUUAUCUUUGUAGGACAAAAUAUUUCAUGUGGAACAUAAACAUACACAACAUUGUAGAAUUACAUAUUUGGGAGAGAAUGUCAUACUUUGAGACCUUUAUACUCUAUAAGGUUCAUACCUUUAUAUCUAUGUCUGUUGUAUUCACGUCCAAUUAAAUUCUAAUUUGAUCAAA